AUGGACUCUGGGAAUCAAACUUUGGUGACUGAAUUUUUUUUCAUGGGCUUAACCGAUUCACUUGAGUACCAGGUGCUCCUCUUCCUGACCUUCCUCCUGGUGUAUCUUGUUACUCUCCUUGGAAACCUGGGCAUGAUCACCCUCAUUUGGAUGGAUUCUCGACUCCAAACCCCCAUGUACUUUUUUCUCAGCCAUUUGUCCUUUGUGGAUGCCUGCUCCUCUUCCAUCACUGGUCCCAAGAUGUUGACUGACAUCUUUGUGGAGAAAAAAGUGAUCUCUUUCUUGGGUUGUGCUGCCCAGUUUUGGUUAUUCAUUCAGUUCGUAGUGACAGAAUGUUUCCUUCUGGCUGCCAUGGCAUAUGACCGGCACAUAGCCAUCUGUAAGCCCUUGCUGUAUACACUCAUCAUGUCCCAGGGUGUCUGUGUGCAGCUGGUGGCAGGGCCUUAUGCCAUGGGAUUUGUAAGUGCCAUGACCCACACAACCUUGGCCUUUUGCCUACCGUACUGUGGUCCAAAUAUCAUCAACCACUUCUACUGUGACCUUCUUCCUGUCAUCUCUUUGGCAUGUGCGGAUACCCAGGUCAAUAGAAUUUUGCUCUUUGCCGUGGCUGGAGCCCUUGGAGUCCUCAGUGGUGUGAUCAUCUUGGUGUCCUACAUUCACAUUGGGGUCGCCAUCUUGAGGAUCCGCUCUGCUGAUGGCAGGCGCAAAGCCUUCUCCACCUGCUCUUCCCACCUGACGGCCGUCUCCAUCCUUUAUGGGACUCUUUUCUUCAUCUAUGUUCGUCCAGGCUCUAGUUUCUCUCUGGAUAUCAAUAAAGUGAUUUCCGUGUUUUACACUGCAGUGAUUCCCAUGCUGAACCCACUAAUCUACAGCCUGAGAAACAAGGAGGUCAAAGAUUCAUUCAGAAGAGUGUUGGAGAGGAGGAAGCUUCUUAUUGGCACAUAG